AUGUCGACCCCGGGUAACCGUGACGCGGGCUCGCCCCAGUCUCCCAGACCCUGGCGCGCCGCCGCCCUCCCGUGGCUCACGCGCGCCGCGCAGGGCUCGAGCGCGUUCAUCGGCACCUUCCUCGCCAUCCAUCUCACCGCGCCGCUCCUCGCGAACCUCGGCGGGUCUUCCCUCGCCUCGCAGGUCAUGCUUCUGGGCAGGGAAUACUACCAGACGCCCCUCGGCGAGGCCGCGCUCGUGCUCGGCCCGAUUGCGGUGCACGCAGCCACCGCCGCCACGAAGCGCCUCCUCGCCCCGCGCCGCGCGCGCCCGCUCGCGAGCGCGCUCGCGCUCACGGGGUACGCCACGCUCUUCGUCUUCCUCCCCGCCCACUUCGUCACGCACCGCCUCAACCCGACGUACUCUGGACCCCCCGUGUACGCCGUCGGCCCGGCCGAGCUCGACUACGAGUUCGUCAAGGUCGGCCUGCAGACGUGGCCGUGGCGCAGCUGGAUUUUGUACACCGGCCUCGUUGCGGGCGUCGCCGUGCACGCCGCUGAGGGGAUGAACAUCAUACUCAGCACGCUCGUCAAGAAUCGGAAGCGCUGGAGCGCCAGGGCGCGUAGGCUCGCCGCCUUGCUCGCCGCCGUCCCCGUCCUGUCCGGGGCUUGGGUGAUGGCGCGGGAGCCACUCAUGACGUUCUCCUCGCUCGCGCUGCGUUACCACGAGUCGUUCACCAGAUCGUAUCUCUUCCGACUCUAG